AAAAUAAAACACUUAAUAUAUAAAUACUUUUUUAAUUGCAAAAGUAGCUGAACGUGCCCUGUUUUGGCAGAACUCAUCUAAAACCAGCUGAUGCGCUGAACACAAAACGCGACAAGAAUUAAGUUAUUUAUAUUAUCAGAGUAAUGGUCGACCCCAAUAGAAAAAUAAACCGCCUGGCGGACAAGGACCUCAAUUUCCUGGAGUCCUGCGAGCUAGAGUUCGCCGGCCGCUUCACAGAUGACGAUCCAGAGUUUGUGGCGCACUGCAGCAAGCCUGUGCCGGAGCCGCCAAUCGUUGAGAACUGGAUGGGCGGGGGCGGCGGUGGAGGAGGAGGAGGCGGUGGCGGUUUCUCGGGUGGAGGAGGUGGUGGCUACCACCCAUAUAACCGCUUUAAUGGACACCGGCGCGGCGGCGGCGUCGGCGGCGGCGAUAGGGGAUGGCAGAGGCGCGGAGGAGCCGGUUACCACAACAACCAUGACAGGGGAUUCAGAGACAACCGUCGUCACCAUCAUCGCGAUCGACGGGACCGCUACGAUGGAGGAUCCGGCUCCGGUGGCUAUAGACGAUCGCACGACCACAACAGUUCGCAUUCCGAUUCCGGUGGCCAUAAGCGCUCCUUUGACCAGAACCCGCGCCACGAUCCUCCCAGCGGCGAGCCGCCCAUGAAGGUGAGACGCGACUAUGGAAACUUUGUGCCUGCCUCCAAGGAUUAGGAAUCGGAAUUGUAGCAUAAAUAUAAGAGAAUACUCCAAAUAUUA